CGUUACCCUACACACUUGGCACACCGGAGAAGUUUCUGCAACCUCACUGCUGGAGACCACUAAACUCUAAACACUGGACCUUUUAGCUACUGGUGUGGAAAAUCCUCAAGCACCCCUCCACCUGACAGCACUGAAAAUCCCUGGCCACUCCUACCUGCCUCCCUCUCCCAGAGACUAAAUGUAGCCACAGCUCACAGAUGGCUUUUCCCCUGGAGAACAGAGGCAUGUGGAUCAGCCUGAUCCUUCCAUUGAACUGUUGGAACUGAGUACAUGAAAUAUGAGUUUUCUUUGAUUUUAAUGCAUUUAGAGUAUCCUUAAAAGAUCAUUAUUUGUUGUGUUGAUUGAGUUUCAGUUAAAGGGAUAGUGCACCCAAAAAUGAAAAUUCAGCCAUUAUCUACUCAUCCUCAUGCUGAGGAACGCUCUGGUGAAGUUUUAGAGUCCUCACAUCCCUUGCGGAGAUCGGCGGGGGGAGCGGCUAGCACACCUAAUGGCUGACGGCGCCCCAGACUAACGUCCAAGAACACAAAAUUGAAUCCACAAAGUAUCUCCAACAUGCUCAUCCGUAGUGAUCCAAGUGUCCUGAAGCCACAAUACUGGGUCACAGUGAACAGUGUCGCCAAUAAUUUUAAAUCCUCUUUGUCUGUAAGGCAAGAUAGUCAUAUUGCACCUGAGUUCCCUGAGUCGUAAAGUAACUACUAGUGAUCCACAGUUAAGUAUCAGUGGGCGUUGCAGGAGGGUUGAUGGGAGGUUACAUAAGAAGCCGGCCAGGCCUCUGCACGGUCUUCGUGUCCUGGAUCUGGACAAGGGUCACAAGUCUCUCUGUGUCUUUUUGCUGAAGGAUUCAGUUGGAGAAGUGACCUAAAGUCGACACACACAGCAGCCACUGCAGACAAAGACGGGAUGAGGAAGCCCAAGAAAAAGAGUGCGACUAUUUUUGGCUUCCCAAUAAGCAUCUUUUUCAUCGUUGUCAAUGUGUUCUGUGAACGUUUCUCCUACUAUGGCAUGCGAGCCGUGCUCGUGCUGUACUUCAAGUACUUCCUGAGAUGGGAUAAUGACUUUGCCACCACUAUCUACCAUACCUUUGUGGCUCUCUGCUACCUGACACCCAUCCUGGGAGCCAUAGUGGCUGAUUCAUGGCUCGGCAAGUUCAAGACUAUUGUUUACCUGUCCAUUGUUUAUGUGCUGGGACAGAUUGUCUUGGCAGUAAGUGCUAUCCAUGAUGUCACAGAUAAAAACAAGGAUGGCACCCCCAACAACAUGACCUUCCACAUAUCCCUGUCCAUGGUGGGUUUGCUCCUUAUUGCUCUGGCUUCAGGAGGCAUCAAACCGUGCAUGGCUGCCUUUGGUGGAGACCACUUUGGUGACCAUCAGGAGAAACAGAGAAGCACUUUCUUCUCCAUCUUCUACCUGUCCAUCAAUGCUGGUACUCUGUUGUCCACUGUCAUCACCCCCAUCCUCAGAGCUCAGGAGUGCGGUAUUCACACCCAGCAGAAGUGCUACCCACUGGCCUUUGGUGUCCCCGCUGCUCUAACGGUGGUAGCUCUGAUUGUGUUCAUUGUUGGAAGUGGGAUGUACACUAAGAACGCCCCUCAGGGCAACAUCUUGGUCAAAGUCUGCAAAUGCAUCGGGUUUGCUAUCAAGAGCCGCUUUAGGCAUCGUGCUCCUGAGUACCCGAAGAGAGCCCACUGGAUGGACUGGGCUGAGGAGAAAUACGAUAAACUCCUGAUUGCUCGUGUGAAGAUGGUGCUGAAGGUGCUGUUCCUCUACACCCCUCUGCCAAUGUUCUGGGCUCUCUAUGAACAGCAGGGCUCCAGAUGGACCCUCCAGGCAACCACCAUGGACGGUGACUUUGGACUUCUUAUAAUCCAGCCUGAUCAGAUGCAGACUGUCAACCCUAUCUUGAUCCUGGUUUUGGUGCCAGUCAUGAACAGUUUGAUCUACCCGCUGAUUGCCAAGUGCAAAUUAAACUUCACUCCGUUAAGGAGGAUGACUGUUGGGAUGUUCAUUGCUGCGCUUGCAUUUGUUUGUGCUGCCCUGGUCCAGAUACAAAUUGAUAAAACCCUGCCUAAGUUCCCAUCAAGCACUGUUGGCCAAGCAAAGUUCAUCAACGUGCUGGACAGAUCGCUGGAUGUCAAAGCUGGAACCAACGAGUUCACCUUGAAGCCUUACACGGCCAAUGAUGAUUACCUGACCUUUGAUGAUCCAUUUCUACUGAAUCUAGGGGUAAAUGUCACUUACCCAACUGGUUUAGUGGAUGGUAAUCGUAGCACUGUAGUCAUCAUUCAGGAUGGGCCUCUACUCCAGCCUUUAGGGUUCAUGGACAUCAAAACCAAGCCAGAACAGGGCGCUAAUGAUAUCAGAUUUUUGAAUGGCUAUGACUCACUUUUGAAUGUAACAGUGGGUGACCAGGACUUUGGGGAGAUCACCACCAACAACAUGUCAAAAUAUGUUGGGGUACCACGGGGACUAGCAAAGUUCCUGAUCAAGAGUACUACUGGACAAGAGUGUGUCUACAGUCAAGAGCUGGGCUUCGGCAGCUCCUUCACCGUGAUCAUCCCGCCAACUUUCACAUUUGGACAAAAUUGUGAACAGAACAUCCAUCCAGUGAUGGACAUCAAGCCCAACACCUUCCACAUGGCCUGGCAGAUUCCUCAGUAUUUCCUCAUCACUGCAGGAGAGGUGGUCUUUUCUGUCACCGGCCUGGAGUUCUCCUACUCACAGGCACCCAGCAACAUGAAGUCUGUGCUGCAGGCUGGCUGGCUGUUCACUGCUGCUGUAGGUAACAUCAUUGUGCUCAUUGUGGCCGAGGCUGCAACGCUCCCAGAUCAGUGGGCCGAGUACAUCCUCUUUGCCUCUCUGCUGCUGUUAGCGUGCUCCAUCUUUGCCUUCAUGGCUUAUUUCUACACCUACAUUGACCCAACCCAGGAAGAAGCCCGGUUUGCCCAGAGGGAGCAGGAAGAGUGUAGAGAUGAACAGGUGCAACUCGUUUGAGAACCGCAAGGAGGACAGGAGGAGCUCUGACUCCAGCUCUGACGAGGAGGAAGUCAAACAGACCAAGAUCUAAAGCGGUCAUCCUCCACGGCUUUUCCCUCUUUUGUACAAAUGCUGCUUGGUUCUGUGUUUCAUGUCUGAGUCCAGUACACUACUGAACAUGUCGUGGUUAGAAUGAAUGAAUGGAUGGAUGAGUGAAAUGGUGCUGAUGUUAGCAGAACACAGAAACAGGGCUUUGAUGAUUAAGCUCUUGGUGUACAGUGUUGGUGAAGGGAUAAAUCAAACACUGUUAUCACCAUUUCAGCAAAAAACUUUGAGAGAAAAUUCAUUUAAAGAGGUUACUCAUAUCAUUAAAAUCCCCAGAUCUUUACUUUACUUUAUUUUUACAGUGAUUUAUUUUGCACUGUGUAGCAACAUCUACAUAUGUAAUUUCUAGUUUCAUAGGAUUUUAUGAUGUGUAUUUAUUUCCAAGCACAGUGUUGUAUUGUAAUAUAUUGUGUAUGGUACUCUCAUCUGCUCCGGGGAAAAAAAAUUUAACACCAAAUACUGCUUAUUGACUCAGAAAAUGUUUAAUUAUAUUCCAUAUUCAAUCUCAGAUUUCAUCUUGGCCCGGUAGAACACUGCCCCGUGAUAAUGGCUGCUCACCAAAGUCUUCAAUAAAGAUGCUAGCAAGGUGUUGUUGUCAAUAAACGUGUACACCGCUUUCUUUCAGCUAUUCUAUGGCAUUAUGUUAAUACAUUUAUUUUUCUGUUUCCAAAAUCUGACGUUUCUGUUGCUUAUAUUAAUCUUUCACACACGUAGGACUGCAACUGGCAUUUUGUAAUUUACUGUAACACAACUCAGAUUCCAGAAAAGUUGUGAUGCUGUGUAAAAUAUACACAAAAACAAUGCUAUGAUUUGGAAAUCCUUUUCAACCUAUAUUCAACUGAAUACAGCACAGAAACAAGAUACUUAAAGGUCAAAUGUGUAGGAUUUAGGGGCCUAUAUUGGCAGAAAUUGAAUAUAAUAAUAAGUUAAGUUUUAUUUUGUGUACAAUUACCUGAAAAUGAGAGUAGUUGGGACAGGGGCAACAAAAGACAGGGAAAGUUGUGAGAUGCACAGAAAACCAACAGGGGCUACAUGGUUAACAGAUGAUAGUAUCAUGGGCGAUUCUGGGUCUGCAAGGACAGAGUCACAGGCAGUUGAAUGAGGUCAGUAAAUGACUGUCUGCAUGCCUUGAAGGUCCAGUGUGUAUGAUUUAGGGGCAUCUGUCGGCAGAAAUGUUAGUUAAUAUUCAUAACUAUGUUUUUAUUAGUUUAGAAUUACCCUAAAACAAUAACUUUGUGUUUUUAUGACCUUAUAAAGAUAUACAUAUACAUAUAUAUAUAUAUACACAUUUAAAGCAAUUCUUCCAUUGAGUUCGCCAUGUUGUUUCUACAGUAGCCCAGAACGGACAAAUCAAAAACACUGGCUCUCGAUAGGGUCAUUGCCGUUUUCUACCGUAGUUAUCCUAACGUUACACACUUGGCACACGGGAGAAGUUUCUGCAACCUCACUGCUGGAGACCACUAAACUCUAAACACUGGACCUUUUAGGUAAGAAUCUCUUACAGUAGCAUUAUGAUAAUCUUAAUGGGCUUUUAUGAGGAUGUUUACAGUUUGGGAAUAUUAAUUAGCCUGUUAAGGUUAAGUUGCUUUGAUUUAGCCGUUAGCCGUUAACGGUUAACGUUAGCCAUCACAAUCUGGACAUUAGCUAGCUAGCAUACCACUUGUUAUAUCAAACUCCACCUUUAUUGGCGCUCCGGGACAACUCGUUUAAGGUUUGUAACGUUUUUGCCGACGAUAACAACAUAAUUUGAAGUGCCAGCUAGCAGCAGGUGCAGCCUGUUGAGCUCUCGUUAUACAAGGCGGAGCCCGACCAAGUUUGUUUGGCGCCCGAAGCGAGUUUCCACUGCCCGGAUAACGGAUUAAAUCAAAUGGUCAAGUGCAUGAGCUCCGCUACAGUGCAUAAUGUUGAGCCUGUCCGUUGUGCCCGCCCUGUAUGAACGAGCAUAAGCUGCAGUUAAGGACUGAACAGGUCACAGUCAUUGACAUUAUGCCAGUAUAUAAGUGCCUCAUCUCUUUCAGUAUAAUAUAUGGACAAUGAGCCAUCUUGAAUGUUUACACAGUAUUGACAUUUUUUGAACUAAAUGGAAAAAUGUAGACAAUUGGCUAAAAUGGACCUACGUUCUUUAUGAUGUAGUUUAAGACAAUGCCUGUUACAGGCUAAUUAUGCCACCAGAGAAGGGGGCAAAUUGUCACCGUUUUCCUUUAAGAUGAAGUGGCAGCUGAAACCUACUUGAUCAAACAGCAGUUGGAAUUCAUUCACUUUCAUUUUUUACUACGAAUGUUCAUGCUGAAAUUGACUGGAAAUUCACAUUUUUAAGCUGAUAUUUAAAAAAAAAAAAAAAAAAACCUCGCCAUGGGAGCAUGCCCUCAGACCCUCUCUAUGGGGUUCACAUCUCUGUCACCUUUCUCUACCCUGAUGAGUCUGCUGCCAUCCAGAUGUCGUCUUUUUCAGGGAUGUCUCUGCCAAGCCACAUUCUGCAUGUGUUACAACAAUGUGGCUUCAUAGUAAAAGAGUACAGGUGCUUGACUGGCCUGCCUAUAGUCCAGACCUAUCUCCCAUUGAAAAUGUGUGGUGUAUUAUGAAGCACAAAAUAUGACAGGGGACAGCCCGGAGUGUUGAGCAUCUUAAGUCACAUAUCAAGCAAGAAUGAGAAAGAAUUUCACUUUUAACACUUCAACAAUUUGUGUCCUCAGUUUACAAACACUUCCGAGCUGUGUUUUGAAUCACACAUUUUAUCUUCUAACUUUUCUUAGGUACUGCAGCUGCCCUUACAAAGUACAAACUGUUGCAUGCAGCAUGCACACAAUUGGGACAUACUACUUUGUCGCAACAUUGCACCCUAAAUGUUGACCCCUUGCUCAUAUAUAUCAGUUACCUUGGAGAUACAACAAAACAUCAUUCACCAAGAUAGCCAGAGAUGGAGGUCAACCCAGAGAGCUCUGCUGUUGUUACUUUGCAAUGUAUGUAGUUUAACUUUUAAGUAAUAACUGUGGACAUAGAUUCAGACAUAUUCGUGGCAGUAAAAUUACAUUGGCAUUUCUGUCAUUGUUCUUUUCAUACUUAUGUCCUUUUGAUGUGGGUUAUGAUUAUUUUGUUCACUUAAACAAUUAAUAUUCCUAUAUUGGACUUAUCAGGCACUUGAGUCCACUGUCAUCCAUCAUUGCGGCUUCUGACUGCUGUUUGUUAGUGGCUCAUUCGAUGACAUACCUCCCUCUGCACAAAAGCAUGCUGGCUUGAUUACUGCAAAAUCC